ACUUUGACUCACUCAUGAACGACAUUGCGAUCGCUAAAAUGGAGAUAGUGUGUUGACAUUGAUUCGCAUUCUCGUCGAAUCCAGGUGUAGGGAGACUUAAAUCUAUUCAGUGAUCGCAUUCGCAGAAAGCAAUGUACUCGAUCAGCUCCAAUCUGUCAAGCUCUACGGAUGCGAGUGACGUCCCGACCGUUAAGCGGGACCCGGACUGUAGAACAGCCGACGUUGGCGAGCCGUGCGGAGAGAUCGAGGGUCUACGUAUCCUCGAUGAGUUUCGCAAAUUGUACGAGAGUCGCAUCGAAAAGAUCGAUCAGGAAUCGAUCGGCGAUUCCGAUCGAGUCUCUAUGAAGUUACAAGUAAUGAGCAACUGGAUCAAAGAUUUAGGAGAACAAAAUGCGAUGUUAGUGCAUACAGUAGAGGAUUUGGAGCAGGCUGCGUGUAGUAGAGUUAAAUUACUAGAUGAGAAACUAAAACAAUCGUCGCAAAUGGUCGUGGAUAAUUUAACAAGAUCUGAUUAUUCAGAAAAAGCUUUAAAUACACUUUCGAAUCGCGUCAGUCAGCUGGAAAAGGACGAGGAAUAUUUACAACAAAAAAUAGAAUAUCUGCAAAGUGAUAUUAGGGGAUUAUUAGAAGUGAUUCGUCGUGCGCGUCGGCAAAACGUUUGGAGCCUUGAAGGUAUCAAGUUCUUUGAGAUUCAACCUGAGGAUAUUCCAGUUCCAGACUGCAUCUGCAAUCAGGAACAGACAGAUACUGAUCAUAUAAAAUCUUUGAAUCUGCAAAUAGAACAACUUCAGGAAAAUGAAAGCAAAAUGAUCAGAUCUCAAUUGGAAUUGGAAGGAAAAAUAGCAGAUCUUACAACAGAACUGUCAAUAAAGGAUGAUACUAUAAAAAAAUAUGUUUCUAGACUUCAGUGUUUUUGCGAGAAACUUAAGGAACAUGCUAAACAAACGAAUGAAGUUAUUAAUUAUCCACUAGUUUUUGAUCAAGAUUCUAAUAUUAUCUUAACACCUGACAUUCUGGAAAGUGUACUAGAUGCGAAAGAUAGGGAAAACAAGAACUUACUUCGACAACUUCAGGAUGUUGAAUCUAAACUUAUAGUAUAUUCUUACGAAAACAAUGUUGAUACAGUUAAUUUACAACUACAACUGGAAGAAAAAUGUAAGAAAGUUCAACAAUUGGAGGACAAAAUUAGUCGCCUCGAAAAAGAAGCUGCAGAAACAAAAGAUACAUUGACGGCUGAAAUUGUAGCAUUGGAAAAACAAAAUUAUCAUGCUAAUAUGGGUAAUCUUUUAAAGGAUGACUUGAUUAAAGAAAUGCGCAAAGAAUUGAAGCAAACGACUUUAGAGGAUACAUCUCGAAAAGUCUGCAUUGAUGUGAAUAAUUUUCCAGAGGAUGAAUUUAUAACAUUUCUAAGGAAUACAAAAACACAUGUACAGAAAGAAUGUGAAAUCUUAUCGGAUUUGAAGCUCGAACUCGGGAAAUUUGUAAAUAAAUUGACUACUAAAGAUGAGAUGGAUGAUUGUACCAUACCUAACAAUUGCAUAAGUAAGAACAAACUUUGUACAAGUGACAUGUCAGACAAACUGGUCAAUUGCAUUGAAAUUAUUACUAAAAUAGAUUUAGAGAGACAAAAGGAAAUUACUGUUUUUGAUUGUAUGAUAAAGAAAGAAGAAAAUCGUUGUGCAUGUGGUGAUUCUAAAAAUAUUAAAUCAAACAUGAACAAUGCACGGCAAUUUAAAUUGAUGGAAGAAUUUAGAGUUUGCACCGUGGAAGCUCAAGCAGCAACAGAGGACAUUCGCGAGGAGAUAAGCACUGUUGUUUCAACAUUUAAUUCACGACACCAGAAUUAUGAAGAAUUGAACAAGAUGGUAACUAGUGUGCAAAGUUACUUGACAAGAACACGAGAAGGAUUAAUAGAAACAAUCAACAGACUAGAAUUACAAGAGGAGGAGAGAUUAAGGCAUAGCGAAAGAAUCGUGAGUGGCAAUCUUAAAUUGAAGGAUACAAAGAAUGAAAUUAAUCAUGUUCAAUCAGAAUUGUCUCGUUACAUUAAUGAUAUGAAAGAGAAUAUACAGGGAUGUAAUGAAUCCGAAUAUACAGAAGCAUACAUCAAUAAUGAUUUACUAACUAUGGUAACGGAAGAAGUUGAACAAAUAUUGACAAAUUUGCAAUUAUUUCAAACUCAGGGAGGUUGUGUGACGUCAAUACUAAAAGGAUUAAGAAGUCAGCUGUGUACUAUAGAUAGCUCUUUAAAGGAUUUACAGAAAAAAACCUGUGAAGUCUUGUUAAACAACGAAAUUGCAAAAACGACAUUCUGUGAAAGGGAAUGCAGAUUGGCUAAAUUCGAAGAAGAAAUCGAUUGUGCACAUACAAAAAUGCAAGAUGUGUUAGAAACGUUUCUUUCCACAAAACAGGAGGAAAAGGAAGUAAAUGAUAUAAUAAAAACGAAAGAAGAUUUACAUAAAUUAAGAAAGGAUUAUGAUGAUCUAAAACUCAACAUGAUCCAGCAAACAUGCCAAAUAAAAUAUGAUGAAAGAUUAAAUAAAUGGAAAAAUCGUAUAACUGAUUUAGAAGACCAAAUUCGAAUGUUGCAACAUGAAGCAAAAUGUAAACAAGAAGCAAUUAAUUUUUUAAAGAAUAAUAUUCACUCUAUAGAGAAGGAACUGAUUGCUACACGAACAAAGGCAGAAAAUUAUAGACAAUGUCACAGCAAAGAUAAUAUAGAAUUAAAAAAGAAGAUAAUAGAACUAGAAAAUACCAUCAAAACACAAAAAGAAGUAGAAAAUGAUCUUAGGAAAAAUUUAAAUAAUGUAGCGAAUAUUAAAAAAUCUGCAGAAAUUUCAAAUGCUUUUCAUACGGAGUGUGACACAGAAACAACACUUUUACGUUGUGAUUAUCCGUCCAAACAUGAGAAUAUAUCUCACUUGUUUAAAACUAUACAAGAUGCUGUGCAAUCUGCAAAAUUGGCAGUUCAAGACUUUGAAAGUGAACUUAAAAAAUUGAUACGUGAUGAAUCAUCUCUUUCUUCCGUUUCGGCAAAAUCUGCUAUGACUUUGACCGAUUCGUUAGGAAAAUGUAGAGAAAAACUGGAUACUUGCUUUCACGAAUUAAGCAAACUUAAAAGUGCUGUAUAUUCUAAAGAAAAACUUUUAGAAAAUAUGGAGGAAGUCGUACGGAUACAACGUAAUUCAUUGACAAUGAGCCAAGCGGAAGUAAAAGAUCUACAUCAAAAGCUGCAAGAAAAGAUAGAUAAACAAAGUCUUACAAUCGUGCAAUAUGAAAGAGAAAAGAAUGAAUUGUUGAAGCAGAAUGAACUUCAAAUACAAACUAUUGGGCAUUUACAAAAUGCCGUUGUUGAAGCUAAACGAAAUUUGGAUCAGAUGACUCAUAAAACGAUGAGUGAUGUGAGUGAGCUGAUGAGGCCAACGAUAUCGUCUGCAGCCUUUAGUCAUAGAAAUGUGCAUGAUGUUUAAAUAUAAAUUAUAAAUAGUUAAAUUGCCAUAUAGUUUUUUCGCGUUAAUAUGUAUUUAUUACAAUUGUAAAUAUUGUCGAUAUAUAAAUGCUUAUUAAAAAUAUGAUU